AUGGCAAUUACCCGCGGCGCAACCGGCAAUGCGCGCCCGCGCAUAAUCGAGACCAUAUCCACUUCCCCAGUUAUCAAGAAACGCCGCACCAACGCCGCAGCGAAGUCUAAGACAGGCAAGGACAGUAUUAGCCAGAAUAAGUCGAUGAAGGAGGGCUCGAGCUCAUCCAGCAAGCGUGGGCGCCAACCGAAGGCCUCUACCGCAGCGGGCAUCACCAAGAAAGCUGCUAAGACUGCGACUGCGACUGCAAAUGCAAAGGCCAAGACUGAAGGCGAGGGAAGGGCUAUCUGGAUUCUGGACGUGAGACGAUAA